UAAUAGUGUUAAGACGAACAAAAAUCAAACAGUACACAAAUUUUAAUACCUUUUCCUCGGCGUUCGGUAAUGUAAAUCGAUCUUUCGUUCGUUCGUUAUGCGUGUCCCGCUCAAGUCGCCGCUCGGUUUCGGUUCGGUUUCGGUGAGCGCGCGUCAUCCGCGCCAAUCCCACAAUUCGUACGGGGUUCGUACGCCCGGUCGCGGUCAAAAACACGAGAGCAACCAAACCGAACGGAUCGAAAAAAAAACCCCGCGCGUAAAGACGCGGAUGUGUAACGCAAAACCGACAAACCCGGACCACGGUAGGGAGUGGAAUGUGUGUAUCUUACAAAACAGAUUGGAUCAGCAAAGGGUGCAAUGAAGUGAAGUGAUUGUUUUCUUUUGAAAAUAAAUUUUUAACCUUACAAGCAAUCAACAUAAGCUGGAUUAAUUUGAAUUUGUGUUGCCUCCAAACAGCAGUGACGAACCCCUUUUCUUUUAAUCGACUGAAUCUGGAGUGUUUUGGUGUGGCCGGUACACAACUAACAGAAGCACUGGGCAGUGUUGAGAGGAAGAAGCUGAUUGAGUGAAUGAGUGCGUGAAGCUGGACCUCUUGUAUGGUAGUUCUGGAGGACCUUCUAUUCGUCAAUCAAGUUAAAAAUCAAGACAGGCGGUACAAUUCUGCACUUCAGAGACAACGCCAUCCAUCAAGCAUAUCCAUCAAGUAUCGAAACCAGCGUCGCCCAGUACGGGCCCAGUAACGUUUCGCCAUUACACAAUCAGGUGUGUACACACACACACAUACACCCAUCCUCACACACACUAAUACAAAAUGACAUGUGCGUCGGAUAGGGCCGGAACGGUACAGAUGGGACGUCGCCGAAGUCAGCAGCGGACGUGUCGGGGUAUUAUACCGACCACUACACUCGUGCUGCUCGCCAUCUUGCUGCAGCUAAUGGAUCUCGGCGAUGGGCCGGGUGGAGGAAGCGGUGGGACAAUGUUGGUGGGAGCGGCCUGUGAAUCGCGCAAAAGCUGGUGGGAUCCAACGAUCGGUGAGUGCGUACCGUGCCGUAUCUGUGCAGACCAUCAGGUCGUACUGAGACCCUGCCAGGACUAUAUGAACACGGUUUGCGGCACGAUGAAGGAUCUGACCGCAGCAGAUCAUCGCCCAUAUCCACACCUGCCAGAAGGUAACGGCAAUGGGAUUGGAUCCGUAGCCCGCACUCGCGAUCAUCACUGGAAGGAGGAACGCCGGAAAGAGGGUGAUGGUGUGGAGGGAUAUCGGCGUGUAGUGCCGGCCACUAGCACCGAGGAGAUCCUGUGGGACUGGCAGGUAGCGUCGCUGCUGCUCGCCAUCAUCGGAUGCUUGCUGUUCCUACUGGCAGCUGCCUGUGUCGCCCUCAACCAGAGUCGUCAAUGGCGCCGCAUCGAGAAACACUUUGACGCUGAUAUGGAAGCAUUAUCGGCACAGCUCGUAAACCAUCUGGCCAGUAUGCAGCAUCUCGAGAGUGGACCGAUACUGUUGGAGAACUUUGAUCACGGACGGCUCCGGAGUACCGGCCACCAUCCGAUCGAGGUCCGGUGCGUCUAUCUGGACCAGCUGCUCGAUGAGAAAUGUGCACAAAAGGCACUCAAUGUCCAGCCGACGACAGGCAAUCUAUACAUCGAGGAGUCGAUCGAUACACCCCGUGUCCAGCCACCAGUACCAUCCAUCCCUGUCCGAUCGGCAGCACCGCCACCGGUCAUCUCCCCACCGAUCUCCCUGAUACGGCACUACUAAUGUUCCGGAUAUGUGAUGCAGCACGAGCGCGUGUGUGGAUUCGUAAACCGGAUACGGGGACAGUCACCGGAAAAAAAGGCGGAAGGAAAACAAAAUCGAGCGCACUCUACUAUUAAGUCGAACGGAAGGUAUUAGAAGCUAAGUAAAACCAUACGAAUGCGAAAUUUUGAAUGCGGAACGGAAGAAGCGCCACAUCGUGUGUGUGUGUAGUAAGAUGUUUGCGUGCCUUAAGCUAACAAUUAUUUAAACUUGUACAAAGCCACGAAGCAGCUGGUAUAUAUGGUUGCGCACUUCCCAAUGAAGCUGUCGAUUUGUGUCCCGAGUGUGGAUACAGAGGGAUGAAGAAGGGUAAAAACAGAUUUAGGAAGUUAACCCAUAAUGGGUAACAAGAAGCAGAGAAAGAGAGAAAGAGAGAGAAUGAUAUAAGGAGAUUCAGUAAGAUAUAUUAUAGGAAAAGAUAUGUCUGUAAGUGCUAGUGUGUAUAGAAAACAUAACAUAAUCUUCCUAAUACAUCUUACACAGCGCUACAGCCUCUUCACACAUAUGCGCAGGUGUUUAAGUAUGCGUUUUUUAUUGUACAUGUGUAUCUGUCGAAAUGUUUUGCGAAACAGAGAUGCAACCCAACCUCCCCUACCAGAUCGUGCUGCAUAUCACCCGCACACGCACGAUUGCCGUACGUUGAUGGUUGUGCCUGUAUUCUUUUUUUCUUCCUUUCUUAUGCUAGUAAUAAUGUUUACGCCAUAAAUAACUAGUGCCACGCGAGAAGCAGGCGAGAAACAGGCAAGAAGCAGGCGAAAAGCAAGGCGAGAAGCAGGCGAAAAGCAAGGCGAGAAGGGGUUAGGAACGAGUCGAGUGAAAAUGAGACAAGACACAAAGCACAACAUAUGGACACGUACGUGUGCGUCCCUUUUUUAUAGUUCCCAAAAAUGCGUAUCACGAUUUGCGCACCGAAUCGAGUGGCAUAUGGAUGGAAACGGUGAGCAUGGGUUGGAGGGUAGCCCAUGUUAUUCGUGUAAUGUUUAGUUGAAAACCCCUAUCUAUCUAUCAUCAUUAUCAUUUUCAGAUUGUAAACCACGCACACAUACACAUCUAACAGAAGGUUUCUCAAAAUCAAACGCAUCGGAAUGUGCGUUUGCUACUUGUGAGCGUCCUUCACGCGCUGUAUUCCUCACUCCCGCCUGUUGGUGAAGUUUGCUCGGCAGAGUCGCAAACGGUCAUCUUUAAUCUAGAUUUGGUCAUGGUUUGCGCAUCGCCUCAAUGGUGCUGCUUGUUGCGAAUGUGUGGUAGAAGUUGCAGUUCCAUCAGCAAGUACCAUCUGCCAUGGACACUAACACGCCCGGCAUGGCCGAUCGGUGCUGCAACCCAAAUUGGACCACCCGACGGUGGUCGCCUAUCUGUCGGCGAUGCCCCCCCAUCACCGACCGGCGUCUGGGAACGAUUGCUCAUUGUAAAGCGUCAAACGUCACCAUUCAAAUGCUUUAAACGUACGUGCGCAGAAUGCUAAACCCGGGUUUUGGGACGGGCAAGUCACCGGAGGUGACAUUUGUCCAAAAAAAAAACGUUUGUCGCUUUUUUUGGGUUUGUCACUGUCGGCAAAGAGUACGCGGCUUCAAUGAAACCACGCAACAAUGUCACGUUCGGGAAGAAGUGUCUACUUCGAUUGCGUUCAUGUUUGGUUUCUUGGAUGCAUUAAUGGCUUUAGCUUCGCACAGGUGCGCUAGUAGCAGUCGUUGUGACCGUUUGACAUUAAACAUUUGGAAGCUCAAGUUGUCUAGCUGGUGAGAUACAGCAAUCUGGAUGAAGCAAUUCUUUGGAUCUUUUUGGAUCUAUCGCUAGGAUCCCACCAGCCCCAUGUAAUGUGUUUGAUAUCUUUGACAACCUCUAGAAGAAAAAGCCGUCAGAUUGUGUAGCCAUCCAACAUCCAGUCUUUACUUAGCAACAUACCAGACAGCAAGACUCCCCGGAAUAGGGUUUUUGUUUUCUUUUUUACUCCAUACUUUUGGUUCAAUUUCGGACAGCUUGUGUGCCUUCCAGGCGUCCAAAGGGACUUCUCCGUUUCACGAUACCGCACAAAAGUCCAGCUUCCUGGGCCCUCCUGUGUUACUUCGUGAAUUUGUCUACACAAGAACCUAUAAAAAAACCUCCAAAGGGUCAGGGUCGUUGUUGUUUUUUGUCCUGGCAAGCGGCCAACUGAAACACCGAAACCUAGCCAAGAAUCGAGAAAGGCUUUUGCUUGUAUGCAAGCUGUACGUCAAAGACGGGUAAAAAUUGAAACGCGAAUGUAUUAACACUAGAACGACUAACAUUUGCUGUAGAGAGGACAGUGCAGCAAAAAAGCGAAUUGCUAAUAGGAAAAGUAUAUAGCGCGUAACACAAUUAUACGGACAUUUAGUUUUUUUAGGGAUUUUCUUCAAUUUUAUUAAGAGAUACACAGAAAAAAAAUGUAUAUUUGGUGUGAAAUGAAAUUCUACGUCUUUGCAUAUUUUUUCUAUAUUUUUCGGCCACUAUUGCUCGAGUUAUGAAAUAAAAACUAUUUUUUUGGCCAGUAAAAAAGGGUCGGACAAAAAAAUGUUUUUAUUUUAUAACUCGCGCAAUAUUGGUUGGAAAAGUAUGAAAAAAAUAUGUUAAAAUGUAAAAAGAAAUUUACACAAAACAUAUGAACAUUAUUUUUAUGUAUUUUUUCGCAUUUCGGAGAAAAUCGCAAAAAACUAGAUGUCCGUAUAGUUAAAUUACGAAAAAAGUCCUAGUUUUUAUUUUAUAACUCGUGGUAUAUUGGUCUAAAAUAUAUGGAAGACACAUAGAAAGAUGUAGAAUUUUAUUUUACACAACUCAUGUGAACAUCAUUUUUAUGUAUCGCUUAAAAAAAAAGGAGAAAAUCACAAAAAACUCGGUGUCCAUAUAGUUGUGUUAUGUUUGUUCUUUGUUUUGGUUUUUAUUGCUUGAGAUGCGAGGAAAAAAGUUAUAUUCUAUAAGCACGAAUGAAUUCGAUUUAAUAUACUAUCUGUACAAGGCGAUAUUUGUUUAAGAAUUAAUAAAUAUACUGAAAAUGCGAUAAAACAAAA